AUGACAAUCACUGCUGUAUCAUCGAUCAAUUAUAAUCAUAACAAAUCAAUAUCAAUUUAUUGCACUGCUAAUUUUUUCAUCAUAAAUUGCCUUCAAAAUUAUUCGAAAUUAACUAUUCCUAUUGUUAGCAACAAAUUAAAAACUUCAUUAUGGCAAUAUUUCAAUUUAUUAAAAUUAUUACUUUUAUUGAUAAUUUUAUUAGCUGAUGGAUCGAAUGCUAUAUUACUUUCUGGAGCACCUGGUUCAUAUGCCAGAUAUCCUAAAUGGAUGCAUACAUUUGAAAAUCAAUUAUCAUUGGAUUUUCGAACCAAACAACCUAAUGCACUAUUGUUAUAUACAGAUGAUGGUGGAAUUCAAGGAAAUUUUUUUUCUCUUACAAUUACAAAUAAGAAAUUACAAUUGGAUUUUAGAUUAGGAGAUGAAACAAAUUAUUUGUCAUCAGAGAGACCAGUUGUCACAAUGCGAUUAAAUGACAUCGAAGUAAGCGACUAUCGAUGGCAUCGACUUACCUUAUUUCAGGCCUGGGAAAAUGUAAAAUUACAAUUGGAUGACACCGUUCUUUUCAAAAUUCUCAAUCAAAAUAGUUUUGUUUUUGGUAAUCUGAAAACAAACUCUGAUAUGUUUAUCGGUGGUGUUCCGAAGGAUACUUAUUUGCUUGGCGCAAUGAGUUCACCAUUGAAACGACAUACAAUUUCAUUUGCUGGUGGAGUAAAAAAUUUAUUGUAUAGGCUUUACCCACAAGGUGUCACAGCACCACAAAUAAUCGAAAGUGUUGGUAUGAGACAAUCGGACGAUGAUUACUGCAAAAUAACAAAUAUUGCUAGCAAAAAUGAUUAUUUCUGCCGAAAUGGUGGUAUUUGCUAUAGCACAAACGAUGGACCAAAGUGUGACUGUUCAUUUACGGAUUUCCGUGGCCAACGUUGUGAACAAGUUCGAUUUGAUUCGCAUUUAUCAUUUAAUGGUCGAGAAUUGAUUGGUUAUGAUGUUAGCAAUAAUUCGGCAGGAAUUAUACGUUUUCGAUCAGAAAAUAUUACAUUGUCUUUUAAAACGACACAUUCACGAGCUCUACUAUAUAUCGGUGGUGAUCGUCUGAAUUACAUUCAUAUCACAUUGGAUGAUGGCGCAGUUGUUGCAACAUCAAAAUUUGAUGGAACUGAAAAACGGAUAAUAAGAAUUUUGAACAAUUAUCCAUCCGGUCGAUAUAAUGAUGAUCGAUGGCAUACAGUUACUGUUUUCAGGACAUUAACAUUGAUGACAUUAAUUGUUGAUAAUUUAAACGAUGAAAUUCGACAAUAUGCGCCUGAAAUUGAUUGGCUUGUUAAUUCAUUUGCUUAUUUGGGUGGUAUACCAAAGAAUAAAAAUAUUCCUGAAAUUGAUGUGGAAAAUUUUUAUGGUUGUUUAAAAAAGGUUAAGUAUGAAGCUGAUGCAUAUUUGAUCAAUUUUAUCACAUUAGCUGAUCAAGGAUAUGGCCAAUCAAUCAUACGAUCAGCUGGCGAAUUAACAUUUUCAUGUAAUAAACAAGCAUUAUAUGCAGAUGUUUUCUCAUUUAAUACUGGCCAACAUUUUAUUACAUUACCCAAAUGGAAUUCUGUUGCUAGCGGAAGUUUGAGCUUUCAGUUACGAACACAAGAAUUUGAUGGCCUUAUUCUUUAUCAUGGAUCAUUGCCAACCACAAAAACAGGAUAUGAUUAUUUUGCAUUUGAAUUAAUUGAUGGUCAUCUAUUUAUGAUUAUUAAUCUAGGAUCAGGACAUAUUAGAUUACAGACAACAGCGGAAAAAAUAACGGAUGGAGCGGUAUGGCACAGCGUAACGCUUGAACGGAUGGGACGGAGUGGUACAGUGAUCGUUGAUAAUAUUAAAACCGAUUUUUCAACACCUGGUGUGUCUGCCAAUUUAAUCAUCGAAGAACCAAUCUAUUUGGGAGCUGUACCAUGGCCAAGUAAUGAAUCGGAUCCGGUUGACUUUCAUGUACCUUCUCCGAUUUGGACAGCAAAUCUACGAAAAGGUUAUAUUGGCUGUCUGAAAGGAAUACGCAUCAAUGGUAUCAGCCCAAAUAUUGCAAACAUUUUUCAGGAACAACAAAAGAAUUUUAAAAAAGGAAUUAGCUAUGGCUGUUCAGCUAAUGUAAAUCAGGACUUUUGCGCCUUAUCACCAUGUAAAAAUUUUGGACGAUGUGAGAAUGGUUAUAAUAGUUUUCGAUGUGAUUGUUCAGUAUCAGCUAUGGAAGGAACACUUUGUGAUAAAGAACCUGAAUAUGUGGAUUUUUCGACAAAUAAUGUACCAUCGCUUUUACUACCAAAAUCUAUUGAAAGUGAAGCGGAAACAAUUGAAUGUAAAUUUCGAAGUAUCAAUGAACGAAGUGUUUUGUUGGAUACAAAAUCAAUAAAAUCACCAAAUCAUCGCAUUUUACUUUUACUAAUUGAUGGAGAACUUGAAUUGCAUCUUAAUUUCGAGAAUUCCCAUCAUGUGUUCAAUUGGGGUAUUAAUUUAAAUGAUAAUCGAAUUCAUUCAAUGCGUAUUAAACGACGUGGCGAGAAAUUAUUGCUAUUUUUAGAUGGUAAAUGGGAACAUAAUUAUUUUCUGCCUUCUUCUAAAUUAGUAUUAGAUAUUGAUGAGAUAUCUGCUGGACAUUCAUUGCAUGCAAUGUCAUCCACACAUUUUACCGCACGCGCAAAUGACACAUUGGAAGAGAAAUUUGGCGGACAAAUGAUAAAAAUGCUUUUCAAUGAUUUCGAUAUUUUGAAGAGUGUAAAACGUCGAAAUCCGAUCAAUAAUCCAUCAGAAAAAAUGAUUCCAUCACGUGAUCGAUAUAAAUUAAAGAAUAGGAAAGUAAAAUCUUCAUCUGUAACAUUCGAAAAACACAAUGCAUAUGCAAUGAUAAAUGAUAAGCAUUUGAUGAGUAUUAAAAAUAUUUAUCGAAUUUCAUUUAAAUUUCGCACACUGUCGCCGUCAGCAAUGCUCUUUGCAUUUUUAACUAAUUCCACUUACAAUAAUGAUUUUGCAUCUUUGGAAUUGCAUUAUGGUCGAAUAAGGUACACUUAUAGCUUUAGCACACGAACAGAAGUGAUAAUGUCACCAGCUUUACCAGAUGGACAAGUUUUAAAUGACUUUAAAUGGCAUAGUGUCAUCAUUUUUCAGAAAUCAUUAGGUGGUGAGCAUAAUGUUGUGAUUGAUAAUAGCAGCAUAGUAAUGUCUAAUGUUCGAGGACAUAUUGUUAAUUUACAUACAAAAUUAUAUAUUGGUGAUAUACCAUCCGGUAUUUCUGGUUUUCUAAGGCUUAAAAAUAUUUCCGGUUUUCAUGGAUGUAUCUCAUCAUUCCGAAUUGGUAAUGAAUAUUUAGAUAUUUUAAAAGAUGCAAUAGAAAGUUUUGGUAUUGUGAAAGGAUGUCAUGGACCACAUACUCGAUGCUCACCUAAAAUAUGCUUAAAUCGUGGAAAAUGUAUUCAAAAAUGGAAUUCCACAAAAUGUGAUUGCUCAAUGACAACUUAUGCUGGCGAAAGAUGUGAUAACUUUGGUACAACUUAUAUAUUUGACUCAUCAUUAUCAGCAAUUUAUUAUGAAUAUCCAAAAUCAAUUCAACCAUCAACAAAUCGAGAUGAAAUGGCAAUUGGAUUUCGUACUCGACAAGCUAAUGCUGUACUAUUAAGUGUACAAUGUAAUGUUGACGGCGACUUUCUUACUGUUUUUUUGAAAAAUGCUCAUUUGCAUAUUCGUUACAAUCUUGGAUCUCGUGAUCAUGAUGUUGGCUUAUCAAGUGCUUUACUAAAUGAUGAUAAGCAUCAUGCUGUUAUCAUUUAUCGACAAGAAGCUAACUUAACUUUAUACAUUGAUAAUCGUGAACCAAUUUAUUACUCUCCUCUUGGUGGUGAUAUGGAACUUGUGACAUUAAAUAUGCAAUGGAGAAUAGCAAUUGGUGCAUCGUUUAAUUUAUUACAUCGUACAAAACGACGUAAACGUGAACAAAUCUAUGAUAGCUAUAAAGGUUUUAUCACAGGUGUCAAUUUCAAUGGUUUAAUGAUAUUGGAUAUGCUAGCACAAGGAUCACAACACGUAUAUCGUAUUGGUUCACCUCGUCUUGUUCAUAUGUCAUCAUAUUCAGGUUCAACCGGAAGAAAGAAUUCAUUUAUGAAUAAUGCUCCGGCAAAGGAUACUGUUAAUGACUGGAUGGCAACCUCUAAAGAAGGUUUUAUUGAAGCAGAAGGUUCUGGUUGUGUGGAAUUUGAAGAGCAAGAAAAAUGUCAAAUUACUGAUCUCGAUCAUACCGGUUUCAUUACACCAAUUCUGCCAACAUCACGAAUAACUGGAGGAAGUGAUAAAUCAAAAUUAUCAACGGAAGCACUGAUAACAACAACUGCACCAACAUUAACUACAACGAGAGUUAAACCAAUUACUUCAGCUAGCACUGAAAUAUCACAAUUGGGACAAUCUGAGAAUUUGGCUCAGGAACAACAACAUCAACCAACAACAACAACAACAACAACAACAAUAAACGGUGAGUUCACUCAACGUACUCACACGUUUCUUUCCACCAACCUUAUCACCGUUAUCACUACCACAACAACAACAACUACUACUACUAUCACUACUACUACUACUAAUAUAGCACAUAUCAGCACAAUUAAUACAACCACAUUAACCACUAUCACUUCAACUUUUAGCUUCUCUCGAAAUUAUGAUAAUAAUUAUGAUUUAUUCACUAUUCCUAAGAUAAAUAGUAAUGGUAAUACGCUGCCACCAGCAUUGUUUCGUGCUGAUAACGAUGAUAAUGAUGAUAAUGAUGAUCGUUUUGCAUUCUUUUGGCCAACCAUUUCAUCAUUUCGAACACAAACUGCAAUUAUUUCUUCACCUGAAAUAAGAAACCUGGAAACAUCAGCUCCGGUACCAAUCCAAAUAAUUCCCACAAACAUUUUUCAUCGCAAUGAUAUUACAACAAAAAAGCCUUUUCCAAAUUUCACAAUGCAAAAAGAUGCAAAAAGACUAAAUGAGACGAAAGAUAAGAAAUUUAUCACUGCUACGAACAAUUAUUAUCUUUUAUCAUCAAUAAUUCAGAAUAAUAUAAGUCACCAAAAAUAUGAUAGUAAUCACUCUGAUAAUUAUGCUAGAUAUUAUUAUCAUCCGUAUAAUAUAUCAAAGUAUAAUAAUUAUAAUUAUCCAAAUGAAAUGCAUAAACACUAUGCUUUUUCUAAUAGCAAUCAUACUUAUCUGCAAUAUUUUAAUAACAAUUCGGAAUGUUAUAAUUAUUCUAAAAACAAUGCUAAUUAUUCGAAGUGUCGUUAUGCUACUACAACGAGUAAUUUUUCUGCACCAUUAUCAUUACUACCUUCUACUAAACUAUUAUCACUAAUACCUUCUACUACACCAUUAUCACUGAUACCUUUUACUACACCAUUAUCACUAAUACCUUCUACUACACCAUUAUCACUAAUACCUACUGCUACACCAUUAUCAUUACUACCCUCCACUACACUAUUAUCAUUACAACCUUCUACUACACCAUUAUCAUUAUUACCUUCUGCUGCACCAUUAUCACCUUUCUCACCCAACACAAACACUAAAUUUAUGCAAAUUUCUAGUGCUGUUUCACAGCAACCUAAUCGAAAUUAUUUUGAAGAUUUGUGGAGCGAUAUUGCUGCACCACCAGCUCUUAUCAUAGAUAACGGUGAGAAUGUAUCACGAAGCAAAACAACAACGACAAUAUCUUCUACUAUAACAAAUACUAUUAAUAGUAAUCUAUCAAUUAAAUCACUAAACUUUAUCACUAUAGAUGCAAAACAAUCGACAUCUCAUCAGGCUAUAUCAGUAAAUGAUAUGAUAACAUCUCGAAAUGAUAAAAAUUUAAUAUCAGUAACGCCAAAAAUAACAUCUCUUUUGCUGAAUGCUUCAACUAAAUCGUCAUUAGUAAAUGACAAUGCAGAAGAGAGAAAGAAAGAAAUAAAAGUGCCUGAAGCUAAGAAUUUGGGUAACAUUGAGCAACAACAUAAAUCACAACGAUUGCUUACCGUACCAACCGUAUCAUCAUCAUUAUCAUCGUUAUCAUCAUCGUUAUCAUCAACAUCAUCAUCAGCUACUACUACUACUACUACUACUGUUAAGCAUCGUAUUCGUACAACAUUGGUGAGCCAUACUAUUUAUGCAGUUAGACCAACUACUCCAAUGGGUGAACUUAUCACUGAUACAGCUAAGGCUCCUACUACGCCAACAGAUUUCCCACGUACGGCACUAAUUUCAAUAGCUUCAUUAUCUGUGAUAAUUAUCAUUGCUAUUGUUGUUUUUUGUGUUUUUAGAUGUAGACAAAGUGGUCCAUCAACAGAUCAAUAUCCAAUGGUUUGUAGUAGUAAACAAUCUGGCUAUGCUCCAAUACCAGCCGAAUUAUCACCACCAAUGAUGCGAGAAUCAUCGAGACAUAAUGCUCCGCCAUUUUUUCAUAAUCGAGUAAAUCAACUUGAUGGCGGCUAUCAACCAAUUAAAGGCGCUGUUAUACCAAAUGGAAAUAACACAACAAAUAAUAUUAAAAAUAAUUGUGCAACAUCUAUUAAUGGUAGAAAAAAAGAAUUCAAAGAAUGGUAUGUUUAG